GUUGCCGCAAAGCGCGGCUGGGCGGGCAAACUCUCUGUCGCGCUGCCGGAAGACGGCGCUGCGCUUUGCGGCCCGGCUGCCCCUGAGAAGAGGCUGGGAAACCCCGUUCGGCCUUUUCCCGGUGCUGCGGCUGAGAGGAAGGAAUCAUGCCGGCCAAGGGUCCCCUGCAGAGCGUCCAGGUUUUCGGGCGGAAGAAAACAGCAACUGCUGUUGCCCACUGCAAGAGAGGAAAUGGCCUCAUUAAAGUGAAUGGAAGACCUCUGGAAAUGAUUGAGCCCAGAACUCUGCAGUAUAAACUGCUUGAACCUGUCCUCCUCCUGGGGAAGGAACGGUUUGCUGGUGUUGACAUCAGAGUCCGUGUAAAGGGUGGUGGUCAUGUAGCACAAAUCUACGCUAUCCGGCAAGCUAUUUCCAAAGCAUUGGUGGCUUACUAUCAAAAAUAUGUUGAUGAAGCUUCCAAGAAAGAGAUCAAGGAUAUUCUAAUCCAGUAUGAUAGGACUCUGCUGGUUGCAGAUCCUCGCCGUUGCGAAUCCAAGAAAUUUGGAGGACCUGGUGCUCGUGCGCGCUACCAGAAGUCUUACCGUUAAAAUUGUUCUACAGUCAUGUGAUGGUCAAUAAACAUAAAGAGAAUUUGAUACA